GAGUUUCGCACCGCUCGAGAAAGGACCGUAGAAGCGUGACAGUUCUGUGUUUUGUGCGAGUUACUCGAAGGAGUUUUCUUUAAGUGGAAGUCGGAGGCCGUCGUAGAAACCCGGCCCCGACAUGGAGAGUUACUACGACAUCUCCAACGAUCUGAACGACGUCUGGGAAGCGGACAUCGACCCGGAGAUGCAGGACGUACUGGAGGAGGACUCAGAGAUGGGCGACUGGCUGAUCGAGCGGGAUACGAAGCUGGGCGUCGUGUUACAUGACAGACUUAUGACAGAUGCAGCUCUUGGGGCUGCACCCAUCAAAACAGAACACUCGUACAGCCUACACUCUGAUGUCGAAUCCGCACCACCUUCUCCAAAUCACACCAAAGUUGACGAUAUGGAAGACGAAUGCUAUCCAGCAAUACCAGCAAGCGCUUGGCGAAGCAGACGGCGGUCCAGCGAUUCCCUCCCUCCUGAAGUCAAGGCGGAACCUAAGUCGGAGCCUGAGUCGCCCGCCUCCUCCUGCCCGCCAUCCCCGACCCCCGGCACACCUGUCACACACGUCGACUACGUCAUUGAUCACACGACUGGAACAAUCCACAUGCCACAAGCGGUUCUUCAGAAGGUGGGGGCGGCAGGAGUUCCCCAGUUGCUGCUCAGCGCUGCGCCGCGCAUAGCACUGAACAACAACAAGCUUUCUAUUAAAGUCACAUCUUCCGGCACUUCAGCGGGCUUCAACCUGCCGCCCACGCCGCCGUCGUCGCUGUCGUCGUCGGACAGCGAGGGCGCGCUGUCGCCGGCGCGCGAGCCGCCCGCGCCGCCCGCCGCGCCGCCGCGCCGCGCGCACCUCUACGUGUCGCACCACUCGCGCCAGCCCAUCAACACGCCGCUCAUCAGCAGCCAGCCCAAAGGAUCAACGGGUACGCUCGUUCUAACAGAAGAAGAAAAGCGCACACUGCUCGCUGAGGGAUACCCUGUUCCCACACGCUUACCGCUCACCAAGGCAGAGGAGAAAUCUCUCAAGAAAAUCAGGAGGAAAAUCAAAAAUAAGAUAUCAGCACAAGAAAGCAGACGCAAAAAGAAGGAAUACAUGGACCAAUUAGAGAGGAAAGUAGAAAUAUUAGUAUCAGAGAACACAGACUAUAGGAAGAGGGUGGAGACACUCGAACAAACGAAUGCUAACCUUCUCAGUCAGUUGGCAGCUCUGCAGGCGCUCGUGACCCGGGGCGCCCGGAAGUGA